AGGCAGGAUACAGGAGUUUCUUCUGAUUCUCCCAUGUGUUUCACUGAAACACACUACAUGCUUCCAAGUCUAGAGAACACAAACACACUUUCAGUGUUGGUGUCAUUUGAAGAUGUGGCUGUGGACAUUACCCAGGAGGAGUGGCAGAUCAUGGACAAUACUCAGAGGACCCUGUACAGGGAUGUGAUGCUUGAGACCUAUAGCAAUCUGCUGUUCGUGGGAUAUCACAUAACAAAACCUGAUGUGAUCUUCAAGUUGGAACAAGAAUCAGUACCAUGGACUGCGGAAAAAUCUGUACCCCAGCAACUUUCAGAUCCUUACACAAAGAAUGAGCUGCUUGGAACUAAUCCAGAAAAUCAAGAAACCACUUUCAGGCAAGUUGUAAUAACAAAAAUUGUAUAACUUCAAAAAGAGUUGCAUUGGCAAAGAUGAUUAAUUUAAGCUCUGGCCAUAAUUGACGCGUGCUAUGAAAAGCUAUGGAGAG